AUUUUGUCCGUGAACAACUGAGGCCGGCGAUACAAUACUGCCGAUCUCACUCCAAGUGACGGUGUAUUAACAAGUUUCGACAAACAGGGACUGCAAAUGUUCGCAGCGACGAAGUCAAACCGGCGAGAGGAAAACCGGGCUCGGCUCACGAAGUCUCAAAGCGACGACAAGUGCGGGUGACGCCGUCAUCACAAUCCAACCGCCAGAUUGUUCGAAACGCGCUGAUGCAUGUCUGUCUCGCCGGAACCGUGAAUGAAGAGAUCAAGCGCGAAGCGCUGCAGGAUCUCUCCGAGUCAUCUGCCCAGCACUUUGUGGUUCUGCUCCGAGACCGCAAGAACCAUGGGUUCCGUGGUCUAUAUUCGUAUGACCCGCAUCUCGAGCAAAUCCUGAGAGUCUAUGCACCGCCGGUUGCCCAUGCUCACAGCAGCGCCCCCGAUGUGCUGCGACAGGAUGAUGUUUUGGAGUUUUACAAGUAUGACUCGGGAAGCAGGGAGUUCAAGCCCAUCCCAACACACAGCUGGGGACGAUCGGUGCAUGCUGUCGUCAUUGGGGCAUCCAAGCGCACUCAACAGCCACCGAAACGGCAUUGAGAACAUUGCCGCAAUGACAGAGCCUGCACGCCCAAUAUAUCGCAUUCCAGAGAUGAUGAGUCGUGUACAGUCAAGUGGUCAUUGUUUGAAUAGUAGUCGUGGGUCAGAACAUUUGGAGCGAGCUACAUUCGACCGGUAUCCAGUUUAUUGCCAUGCUC